GCUAUCUUUCUUUUAUUUAUUACUUUUUUUUUUUAUUCCUGCUGCACGUUACAUCGAAACAUAUUACCUGAAACAGGUUAUCAGCAUUUAUAAGCCAGUUUACGUUGGCAUUUCACGCUUGACCUGUAUUAUACACACCAAACACCAUACUCACUUCGCGUUGCAGCUAAAAACUUGUCCAUUCAUGGGUCUGAGUCUCAGAGAUGUUUCUUUGUGUUGCGCCUGGAUCAUAAGUGUGGCCCCUUUUAGGUUGAAUGUUCCUAAAAGGUGUUUGGUGGCAAUCCGAGGUCGUCCAGCUGUACUGGGCUGUGAGUUCACACCUGAUCCUGACCUGUCCAGUCUGGUGGUUACCUGGCAACGACAGGAAGACUCACAAGUUGUUCAUAGUUACUAUUAUCAACAGGACCAAUUGGACCGACAGAGUCCAGAAUACCACAAUCGGACCUCAUUGUAUAUAUCUGAGCUUGGUAAAGGAAAUGCCUCUCUAAGAAUACAUCCAGUUGGACUAAAGGAUGCAGGCCAGUACCUGUGUCAAGUGAGCAAUGCCAAAGGGACAGGAAAAGCACUGAUAGAACUGGACUAUGGAGCCCUUUAUUCAGAGCCCAGGUUUAACAUUCAUGUGAACUCCACUGCUGUGAUGAUGCAGUUUGAAACCGAGGGUUUCCCCAAACCUGAGGUGAUCUGGCUGGAAGAACACAAUCAGAACAUCAGCUAUCACCUGGAGAUCCAAGACCAGACAGAAGAUGGACUUUUUUACAUAAAAAGCAGCUAUGUGGUCCAGAAGCCAGUGGUUAAUGUCACAUUAACACUAAAAAACCACCUCCUGAACCAGAACCUGCAGAGAUUGGUGUUCCUCAGCUAUGAUGAGGAUGGAGAUGGAAGCACUGCUAUCAUUAUUCUCUCAAUACUGAGUGUCAUUCUUUUUGUUGUAAUGUUUUUACUAUUAAGAAAACAAAUAAAGACCUGCCUAUGAUCCUCC